AUGGCGUCACAUGGGGUAUCCGGCGGCAUCUCGGGCUCCUAUCAGACGGCCUCCGCGAUCUGGCGCGCCGACGGCCUGCGCGGCUUCUACCGCGGCUUUGGCACCGUCAUAUUCGGCACCAUCCCCGGCCGCACCGUGUACCUGACGAUGCUCGAACUGACAAAGGCAGCAAUGCAGGGGAACGAGUCCCUCGCGGCAUCCAUGGCGCCCUCUGCGCUGGCCGGCGCGUCCAACUUCGUGGCGGGCGGCGUCGCGUCGCUCGCGACGCAGGUGGUGGCCGUGCCGGUGGACGUGAUCAGCCAGCGGCUGAUGGUGCACGGCGCGGACCUCGGCGGCGGCGGCGGCGGCGGCGGCGGCGGCGGCGGCGGCGGCGGCAGCGGGGGUGGCGGCGGCGGCGUGGCCGGGGCUGCCACGGCCAGCAGAGGCGCGGGGGCGGACGGGCAGGCGGGGCAGCAGCGGCGGGCGUUUGGGAGCCGGGCAGGGUCGCCAGCGUUGGCGGCGGCGCGGGCGCGACUGCGGGUGUUGGAUCCCCUCGCGGACGGCAUGCAGCAGCAGCAGCAGCAGCAGCAGCAGCAGCAGCAGCAGCAGUGGCGGCGCCCGCACCUGCGGCGCGUGUACAGCAACGGCGCCGGAAGCGCGGCGGCCGCCUCUGCGGACGCCGGCCACCCGCGUAUGAAUGGCCUCUCCAUGGCGCGCCUGAUAGUGCGGCAGGAAGGCCUCGGCGGGCUCUGGCGGGGGCUCAUCCCCAGCGCGGCGCUGUACGUGCCAAACAGUGCCAUAUGGUGGGGCUGCUACGGCGGCUGGCAGUCGCUCAUUUGGCUGUGGUUGCACCCGGAGCUCGCUGCGCACGACCGCAGCAGCACCAGCAGCAGCACCAGCAGCAGCAGCAGCAGCAGUGGUGCAGGCGGCGGCACUGGGCCGUCCCCAGACUCUGGCGAAACCACCGGCGAGAUCAUCGCGGUCCAGACCGCCGCCGCCGCGCUGGCAGGCGCCUGCUCUGCGGUGCUCACGACGCCGCUGGACGUCUUGAAAACCCGCCUCCAGGUCAGCGGCGGCACGAUGGGCGGCGCCCCUGGCGGCGUGGCGGCGGGGGACGCGGCUGCGGCAGGGCGGGGUGGCGGCAAUGCCAGCUGGACGGGAAUCCUCCGGGAGCUUCUGCGGGAAGAGGGUGCGCGGGGCCUGUGGCGCGGCCUCGCGCCCCGCAUGGCGAGCUCCAGCAUAUUCGGCAUCUGCAUGACCGGCACAUACAUGCAGCUGAAGCGGUGGUGCGCGGUGCCGGAGUAA